AUGGUUAAAAAUCAAGCAUGGAUCAGUGUGAGGACAGAGAGGAGGGAGUCCCCCCCCUCUAAAACCACUCUGUGUGGGGAACAUGAGAGCCAGACCACAGCUCAGAGGAACCAACCUGGACCUGAACCCAGCUGUGUGUCCUUAAAGAGUGAUGCCUCAGUUGAACGCCACAUUGAAUUUAAACAACAACCCUCUGCUGCAGGGAGUGUCACCAGGUCAGAUGUUCCCACUGGUCCGACUGUCCCGCAGGAUAAAAAACACCUGGACUCCAUAUUUAAGCUGUUGGAGGAGAACCUCAAUGCUUUUGUGAAGAAUGAACUGAAAAUCCAGAAGGUUCUGAGUCCAGAUUACAUAAAGAGUCAGGCAGAGGAGUUGUUGCAGGGUGACCAUGAGAUGGAGAGGAAGAGCAGCAGCGAGGCAUUUCUUCGGAUCACAGCGAACUUCCUGAGAAUAAUGAAGCAGGAGGUGCUGGCUCAACGUCUGGAGAAUAGAUUCCCCAUCAUGUGUCAGAAUAAACUUAAAUCUAACCUGAAAAAGAAGUUCCAGUGUGUGUUUGAGGGAAUUGCUAAAGCCGGAAACCCAACCCUUCUGAAUCAGAUCUACACAGAGCUCUACAUCACAGAGGGAGGGACUGCAGAGGUCAACCAAGAACAUGAGAUUAGACAGAUUGAAACAACAUCCAGGAAAUCAGACAGACCAGAAACAACAAUUAGACAAAAAGACCUCUUCCAGACAUCUGGAAGAGAUAAGCCAAUCAGAACAGUCCUGACAAAGGGAGUGGCUGGCAUUGGAAAAACAUUCUUAACGCAGAAGUACAUACUAGAUUGGGCUGCUGAAAAAGCCAACCAGGACAUCCAAUUCAUGUUUCCAUUCACUUUCAGAGAGCUGAAUUUGUUGAAAGACAAAAAGUUCAGCCUGGUGGAACUUGUUCAUCACUUCUUUACUGAAACCAAAGAAGCAGGAAUCUGCAGCUUUGAAGACUUCCAGGUUCUGUUUAUCUUUGAUGGUCUGGAUGAGUGUCGACUUCCUCUAGACUUCCACUACACAGAGACCCUGACUGAUGUUACAGAGCCCACUGCAGUGGGUGUGCUGCUCACAAACCUCAUCAGAGGUAAGCUGGUUCCAUCUGCUCGAAUCUGGAUAACCACACGACCUGCAGCAGCCAAUCAGAUCUAUCCUGAGUGUAUUGACAUGGUGACAGAGGUUAGAGGGUUCACUGAACAACAGAAGGAGGAGUACUUCAAGAAGAGAUUCAGAGAAGAACAGGCCAGCAGGAUCAUCUCCCAUAUCAAGACAUCACGAAGCCUCCACAUCAUGUGCCACAUCCCAGUCUUCUGCUGGAUCACUGCUACAGUUGUGGAGGAUGUGCUGAAAACCAAAAAGAGGAGAGAGUUGCCUAAGAACUUGACUGAGAUGUACAUCCACUUCCUGGUGGUUCAGGCCAAAGUGAAGAAGGUCAAGUAUGAUGGAGGAUUUGAGACAGAUCCACACUGGAGUCCAGAGAGCAGGAAGAUGAUUGAGUCUUUGGGAAAACUGGCUUUUGAUCAGCUGCAGAGAGGAAACCUGAUCUUCUAUGAAUCAGACCUGACAGAGUGUGGCAUCGAUAUCAGAGCAGCCUCAGUGUACUCAGGAGUGUUCACACAGAUCUUUAAAGAGGAGAGAGGACUGUACCAGGACAAGGUGUUCUGCUUUGUUCAUCUGAGUGUUCAGGAAUUUCUGGCUGCUCUUCAUGUCCAUCUGACCUUUAUUAAGUCUGCUAUCAAUCUGCUGGAAGAUCAAAUCUCCCAGAAGUGUGAAACAAGAGAAUUUGCAGAGACACAAUUCUAUGUGAGUGCUGUGGACAAGACUUUAAAGAGUCCAAAUGGACACCUGGACUUGUUACUCCGCUUCCUUCUUGGUCUCUCACUGAAGGAAAAUCAGACUCUCCUACGAGGUCUUUUGACACAGAUAGGAUGUGGCUCACAGACCAAGCAGGAAAAUAUCCUGUACAUCAAAGAGAAGAUCAAUCAGAAUCUGUCUGCAGAGAAAAGCAUCAACCUGUUCCACUGUCUGAAUGAACUGAAUGAUCAUUCUCUAGUGAAGAAGAUCCAACAGGCCCUGAGUUCAGGAAGUCUCUCUACAGAUAAACUGUCUCCUGCUCAGUGGUCAGCUCUGGCCUUCAUCUUACUGUCAUCAGAAGAAGAUCUGAAUGUGUUUGACCUGAAGAAAUACUCUGCUUCAGAGGAGGCUCUUUUGAGGCUGCUGCCAGUGACCAAAGCCUCCUGCAAAGCUCUAUUGAAUAUCUGUAACCUGUCAGUGAGAAGCUGUGAAGAUCUGUCCUCAGUUCUCAGCUCCCCGUCCUCUAAUCUCAAAGAACUUGACCUGAGUAACAACAACCUGCAGGAUUCAGGAGUGAAGCUGCUGGCUUCUGGACUGAAGAGUUCACAUUGUAUACUGGAAAGUCUCAGUCUAUCAGGCUGUCUGAUCGCAAAAGAAGGCUCUGAUUCUCUGGCCUCAGCUCUAACGUCCAACCCCUCCCAUCUGAGAGAACUCGACCUGAGCUACAAUCAUCUGGGAGAGUCAGCAGUGAAGCUCUUGUCUUCUGGACUGGAGAAUCCAGACUGGAGUCUGGACACUCUCAGGGUGGAGCCUUCAGGAGACCAAUGGUUGACACCAGGUCUGAGGAAGUAUUCCUGUCAACUCACAAUCAACACAAACACAGUACACAAGAAUCUUAAGCUGUCUGACAACAACAGGAAGGUGACAUAUGUUAAGGAGGAGCAGCCAUAUCCUGAUCAUCCAGACAGAUUUGAUGACUGGUGCCCCCAGGUGCUGUGUAGAGAAGGUCUGACUGGUCGCUGUUACUGGGAGGUCGAGAAAAAUGGACAGGUUCACAUAUCAGUGAGUUAUGAAAGAAUCCCAAGAAAAGGGCACAGAGAUGAAAGAAAUGACAUUGAAUUUGGAUUUAACGAUCAGUCCUGGUGUCUCAGCUUCUCUAAACGAGGUUGCUUUGCUUGGCACAACAAUAGAGAAAUGUUCAUCUGCUCUUCCUAUUGUUGGUCUGGCAGAGUAGCAGUGUAUCUGGACUGUCCUGCUGGCACUCUGUCCUUCUACAGAGUCUCCUCUGACACUCUGAUCCACCUCCACACCUUCAACACCACAUUCACUGAACCUCUUUAUCCUGGGUUUGGGUUUGUGUUCAGAACAACAUCAGGGUUUUCGAUCUCUCUUGAUUCUUCAGCUUCUCUGUGUUCAGUUUAGUGUAAAUAGCGUCUUGUCUCAUUAUUUCUCUCUGUACCGUCCAAACUUUAAUGUCACCAUGUCUUUUGAUGAAUGAAUAAGUUAUAAGUGUAAUCAAAUAGCAAACAUCAUUUUAUGGUCUUCAACUUGAACCCUCUCAGGCUCAAAUUAAGUUUUUGUUGCUAAUGCACAAAAGAAUACCUGCAGUGGUACUUCUGAGU